UAUAUAUAAUAUAUAAUAUAUAUUAUGGUCGUCGUCGUCCUCUGAGCUCUCAUUCCUAUAUAUCUUAAGCAAGCCACACUCUUUCUGUGUGGCGUGCUUUUUCGACGUAUUUUGGUGGGGUGCUAAGUGUGGAAUCGAAGUGUAUAUUGGAUUUAGAAUUAUGGGGUUUGAGAUGAGCGUUAUAAUUCGAAGCUAUGACGGGGGGCAAUCCGAUAGAGCUCAAGUGGAAGAUCUCGAGAGAAGAUGCGAGGUAGGGCCAGCAGAACGAGUUUUUCUCUUCACAGACACUAUGGGCGACCCCAUCUGUAGAAUUCGAAACAGUCCGAUGUACAAGAUGCUGGUGGCGGAGUUGGACAAGGAACUGGUUGGUGUUAUUCAGGGUUCUGUUAAGGUUGUCACGGUUCAUAGGCAUGAUGAUCAUAUGGAUCUAGCCAGGGUUGGCUACAUCUUAGGCCUAAGGGUUGCACCCGUUCAUCGGCGACGAGGGAUUGGCUCCAGCCUGGUGCGCCGGCUGGAGGAGUGGUUCAUUGCCAACGACGUUGAUUAUGCGUACAUGGCUACCGAGAAAGGAAACGAGGCCUCGGUUAAGCUCUUCGUGAACAAGUUUGGCUACAGCAAGUUCAGGACUCCGGCUAUACUCGUUAACCCGGUUCACAAUCACCCAUUUCAUAUUUCAUCCAACGUUGAGAUACAGAAGAUCAAGAUAGAAGAAGCUGAAUCUCUGUACAGAAAAUUCAUGGCGGCCAUGGAGUUCUUCCCUCAUGACAUAGACAACGUGCUGAGGAACAGGCUGAGCUUGGGAACAUGGGUGGCUUAUCCGAGAGGGGAGUCUUUUGGGUCAAAUGGGCAAGUUCCAAGUAGUUGGGCCAUGCUUAGCGUAUGGAACAGUGGAGAGAUAUUCAAGCUGAGGCUGGGGAAAGCACCUUUAUCCUGCUUGAUAUACACAAAAAGCUCAAGAUUGAUGGAUAAGUUUUUCCCCUGCUUGAAACUGCCUUUCCUGCCAAAUUUUUUCCACCCAUUUGGAUUCUACUUCAUGUAUGGGGUGCACCGGGAAGGACCGAUGUCUGGAAAGCUGGUGAGGAGCUUGUGCCAAUUCGUGCACAACAUGGCAACCAAGUCGAAGGACUGCAAGGUAAUCGUAACAGAAGUUGCAGGUGACGACACUCUGAGACAUCACAUCCCGCGCUGGAGAUUGCUCUCAUGCCUGGAAGAUUUGUGGUGCAUGAAAGCCUUGAAAAAUGAAGAGAGAAACACACUCCAUGAAUUGACAAAAACUCCACCAACAAGAGCUCUUUUUGUAGACCCUAGAGAGGUAUGAACCCAAAAAAGUAUCCUGAUGAUCACCUGUCCAUAUAUGCCUGAGGUAGCCAAACCCCACCUCAUGGUAAUGUAUGAUAUGUCCAAUCCAUCUCUCCUGGUGGGGGUUUUCCUCUUGUUCCUUUCACAUCGGUGACACAAAAUCUCACAAGAUUUCCUUAAAUAGGUGACACCCUUUGUUGUCCUUGUUCACAACUAGAUUUUGCUCCUCACGAUUCAGACUGAUCAAUAAGCGCGGUGGUCCAACUUUUGUCCCGUCCUCUCAGGUAAAAGUUUUAGCUGGACCAUCCCCUCCCUUGUUGAGUCCCAUCACACCAUAUAUCCAUCUCCCUAACAUGCCACAACAUACUGACAACUGAGAAUUUCGUCUAAAUGAAAGAGAAGAUGAUCAUCAUCAUCAUAUGUAUGAACAAAAGUGUUUUUCUAAAGGGUAUUUAGACCACUCAAUGUAUUAACUCCUACAAAAGUAACUGAUCUCAAGUUGGAAAUUUUGGACC